CAGCAGCAGGUUUUGCUGGAUGAAGGAAGCAGAGCGGCAGGUUUCAGCUUUAAACCUCCAGUGUUUUUUUUUUUGUUUUGUUUUGUUUUGUUUUACUUCUGCGUGCGAUUAAGUUCGUUUGAGGAUUGAAGACACGUAUCAGGAUGGCAGCAGCUUCGACAGAUUCGGGGCAGGGGACCGCUAAAAUAACUCCUGAAGUGCUUCAGGAGAUGCUCCAGCUCUACAACCUGAGCCGCCAGGAGUUCAUCAACACUUACAACAUCCAGCCGCUCGUCUACAUCCCCGAGUUGCCGUACAGCGCUAAGACCACCUUCGUGAUCAUGUACGUGGUUAUUUUCGUCCUGGCUCUGGCUGGAAAUAGUUUGGUCAUCUACAUAGUUGUGAAGAAACGGGCGAUACAAACGGCGACAGAUAUUUUCAUUUGCUCUCUGGCGGUCAGCGACCUGCUCAUCACUUUCUUCUGCAUACCUUUUACUUUGCUGCAGAACAUCUCUUCUGAAUGGUUCGGGGGGGUUCUGGUUUGCAAGACAGUUCCUUUUGUACAGACUACAGCCAUAGUGACAGGCAUCCUCACAAUGACCUGCAUUGCCAUUGAGAGGUACCAGGGGAUUGUCUUUCCCCUGAAAAUGAGGAGACAAUACUCGUCCAAAAGAGCAUACAAGAUGCUAGGGCUUGUAUGGAUUGCCUCAGUGAUUGUGGGUUCACCAAUGCUGUUUGUGCAACAGUUACAGGUGAAGUACGACUUCUUGUACGAUCAUUACCACGUUUGCUGUCAGGAGAGUUGGCGCUCUCUGACUCACAGGCAGGUGUACACCACCUUUAUCAUGGUGGCCCUUUUCCUGCUCCCUUUGGCAGCCAUGCUGUUCCUCUACACGCGUAUUGGCAUCGAGUUGUGGAUCCGCAAGAGGGUGGGCGACUCCUCAGUCCUCAACACCAUGAACCACAGGGAGAUCAGUAAGAUCUCAAGGAAAAAGAAAAGAGCCGUUAAAAUGAUGAUCACCAUCGUUCUGUUAUUCACCAUCUGCUGGGCACCAUUCCACACAGUCCACAUGCUGUUUGAGUAUUAUGACCUGGAAAACAAAUAUGACGGAGUCACGGUAAACAUGAUCAUCGCCAUCGUUCAGGCCAUCGGGUUCUUCAACAGCUUCAACAAUCCCAUAGUGUAUGCCUUCAUGAACGAGAACUUCAAGAAGAGCUGCGUCUCCACCCUUUCACACUGCAUCAGAAAACCGAACCAGCAGGGCGGUGCUGCGGUGGCGCCCAAACUGAGCGUGCAGUUCAUCAAACCCCAAAGCAGAGAAGCCUUCCUGGACGCAGAUGAAGGCAAUAGCUCGAAGCAACACUCAGCAGAGAAAGGCCCUUCAAGUUCGUCGCAUGGAGAAAGCUCCCUGGAAAUAAUAGGAGAAAAAAUCUCCACCAUCCAAACAGAGCUCGCUGCAAACAGCUCCACGCAAGUCAAAUGAGAAGGAAGUGGCUCAUAGUUCAAGCUGUUUAGCUGUUGGACUCGACCUUCCUGUUUGCUGUCAGUCACUGGUAAAUGACAGUAAAAGCUGUAGGUGCAUCCGAUGUGAAAUGUUGUGUCUCACAGUUGCGGUUCAAACAAAAAACCAACAGCUUGAAAACAUAUCUGAGGUGCCAGAGAGUGUUUUUCUUUUCAUCCUGGUCAGGAGUACAGCAGGGAAGGAAACGAAGGAAUUCCAAAAAAAAGAGUCAGUUUUCCUGUGAAGACUGCAAUGGGUGCUAUCAGGACACAGCGGUCAGCAGUGAUACACCACCUCUGGAUCGAGAAAUCGUUUCCGUUGACAUGUCUCUGACAUCUGCAAGUUCCUCAGCCUCCCUCAGGGAGCAGUUAAUGAUGAUGUCAGAGGGAAACGUUACACUGCGGUAUUAUGGUGGGAACUGCUUAGAUAUGACAACAAAGAGGACAUUAGACAUUACACAGCCACGCUUUUAGCAGCAAAAGAAAAGCAAAUGUCAGCUAUACAGCAUGGAACUCAGUUCAGGUUAAUGCAAUGAUUUAUUCUGAAAUCCUUUGGAGAUCAGACAUCACCUCUUUGUAAAACUCCAAUCUGAUAAUCACGAAAACCCUCGUUGUUAGGAGAGCAAAUCCUGCUUUGCACUUUUCUUUCAGUUAAACAGUUUUAUUAUUUCAUGUAAUGUGUGGAAAACUAUUUUAACUUUAUACUGCCAAACCGAGUAGUUAGAUCAACAGAUAGCCAUGCAAGCACAGCCCUUUUACAGUUUUUUUUUUUUUUUUUUUAAAGGGACAAGCUGAAAUAGAGGACUUCAUGCCUCAAUCUUUGAAACAGAGUUAAAUGUUCAGCCUUUUUUUUAGACCAAACCCAAUCACAUACAAAACACGUCAUUCAUUAUUUUGAUGCUAGAGUGAAUCAGAUUCACUCGACUGUACCCUAAAUUAGUGAAGCUUUUUGAUGUUAGAUAUGAGACACAGUUUAACAUAACUCUGGUUUAUACAUUCAUUUAGUCAUGACAAGAUGAAUCAAAGCCACUUUUAGAGAAUUUGUAGGUCUGAACCUUUAAAUGUGCCCCCCCACCCCCACACACACAGGACAAAAUUGGUUUUACAACUAAUGUGUUUGCUUAAUGUUGCUGUGGGAUAUUUUUGUAAUGUCGAUGUCUAAAUGCAGCUUAAGUGAAUGUUAUCAUCUCUUUGGUGUAUAUUUAAUGUCAGUUCCACGUUCUGUAAUGAUAUGUUCGGUACCAACAGCUUGGCUUUUAUUCACAGUUCUGUGCAGACUUUGAAGAUGUUGCAUUGAAAAUGAAAUUGUCAUUAAUUAAAAAAAAUAUAUUUUUUUAAUGCAGCUCUAUUCUCUGCUUGUGUCACACAAGUAUUAUCCUUUAACGACUGUGUCAGUGGCAUUUCUUAGAGAUUCUUUCUCACAUGCAAAAACAGGAUUUUGUUGCCAAUGUGGUCACAAUCUUUUUUAUUUUAAAUUUUACAUCAAAUAAAAAGAUCUAUUAC